UGUGUCAUGAAUUGUGAAUUAAUGGCCCUUGGAUAGAUCACGACGACAUUAUUGGAUAAUAGUUGUAUAACCUUGUUAGCCGCCGGGUGCAUGGCGAAGAAUGAGUAGGAAAGGAUAAGAAGAAGAAUAGGCACACGGGUAUUUUCACUUUAUAAAUACUAGGCACUGCUAUUCUCAACGCAACGGACUUCGUCAGUGAAGAGGCAGCAUGGACACUUUGUGGGUUCUGUUAGUUAUCGUGGGGCUGGUUCUGAACGGAGGAGGAGUUGAUAACAAUGUUGCUAAUUCGCAGGCCCCUCCGUUUCCAUGCAAUGGGGGAAUGAACUCUUUUGGUUUCUGUAACUUGCGAUUGAGUAUAGAAGAGAGAGUGAUGGACCUUGUUGGGCGUCUGAACUUGGACGAGAAAGUGUCACAGCUGGGGAACGGAGCAGGUGCCAUUCCCAGGCUUGGCAUUCCGGCCUACCAGUGGUGGUCCGAAGCAUUGCAUGGAGUCUCCGAUGUAGGCCCAGGCACUCGUUUUCAGCCUACCGUUCCCUCUGCCACCAGUUUCCCCACUGUCAUUCUUUCUGCCGCUUCCUUCAAUGUUUCCCUCUGGGAAGCCAUUGGCCAGGCUGUAUCAACGGAAGCACGCGCCAUGUAUAAUGUUGGACUAGCCGGUCUGACCUACUGGAGCCCUAAUGUGAACGUAUUUCGUGACCCCAGAUGGGGAAGAGGCCAUGAGACCCCUGGCGAAGACCCUUUCUUAACCAGUGCUUACGCUUCGAGCUAUGUAAAAGGGUUGCAGCAAGCCGACCCUUCGGACCCCAACAGACUUAAGGUGGCUGCUUGCUGUAAGCAUUACACUGCCUAUGACUUGGACAACUGGAAUGGCAUCCAACGCUACACCUUCGACGCCGUUGUCUCUCAACAAGAUCUGGCUGAUACAUACAAUCCUCCAUUCAAAAGUUGCGUCUUGGAUGGCAAUGUUGCCAGUGUGAUGUGCUCUUACAACAAAAUCAAUGGCGUCCCCUCCUGCGCAGAUCCAAAUCUGCUCAAAGGCACUGUCAGAGGCCAAUGGAAUUUAAAUGGGUACAUAGUGUCCGACUGUGAUUCGGUUGAUGUGUUAUACAAUGCACAACACUACACAGCCACUCCUGAGGAUGCAGUCGCCGACGUUCUAAAAGCUGGGUUGGAUCUGGACUGUGGAAGAUUCCUCGGGCAGUACACAAAAUCAGCUGUGAUGGCAGGAAAGGUGAACGAGUCUUACAUUGAUCAAGCUCUGAUGAACAACUUCAGAACGUUGAUGAGGCUUGGCUGGUUUGAUGGGAAUCCCGCCAAACAGCAAUUUGGCAACCUGGGACCAAGCGAUGUUUGUACAGACGAGCAUCGAGAAUUGGCUACGGAGGCUGCCAGACAAGGGAUAGUGCUGCUCAAGAAUGAUAAGGGCACUUUGCCUUUCGCUGCAGAUAAAAUCUCUUCUUUAGCUGUCGUUGGGCCCAAUGCAGGUGCCACUGAAGCCAUGAUUGGCAACUAUGCAGGAGUUCCUUGUAGAUACACAUCGCCUCUUGAAGGGCUUGCAGAAUAUGUUCCAACCUUUUACGCCUCAGGUUGUCCAAAUGUGUUGUGUGCUAAAAGUGAUUUAGUCGAGGAAGCAGUUCAACAAGCAAGACGUGCAGAUGCAACAGUGUUAGUAAUAGGAGGGGACCUGUCAUUAGAGGCCGAGGGACUUGACAGACAAAGUUUGUUGCUGCCUGGAUACCAAGAGGAGCUAGUGUCCCAAGUUGCCAAAGCAUCAAAGGGACCUGUAGUGCUCGUCAUCAUGUCAGGGGGACCUUUUGAUAUAACCUUUGCAAAGCACGAUGAAAAUAUCAAGGGCAUUCUCUGGGUAGGCUAUCCAGGAGAGGCUGGAGGCACAGCCAUUGCUGAUGUACUUUUUGGGAAACACAAUCCAAGUGGGAAACUGCCAGUGACAUGGUAUCCUCAAGAAUUUGUUGACAAGGUCCCCAUGACUAACAUGAACAUGAGGCCAGAUCCAUCCACUGGAUAUCCUGGAAGAACUCACAGAUUCUACACUGGAGAAACUAUUUACGAUUUUGGCGAAGGUCUAAGUUACAUACAAUUCAAUGCCACUUUGGUUAAGGGACCUAAGCUAGUGACUGUUCCAAUCAUGAAUAAUGCCAAGCAUGCAUGUACUGCUGCUUCGUGUGACACCAUCCCAGUAAGACACACUACCUGUGAAGACUUGUCCAUGGAUAUUCACGUUGAUGUACAAAACGCUGGUUCUAAAGAUGGAAGCCACGUAGUAUUCUUGUUUUCUACACCCCCAUCCAAGCAUCAAAAUGAUGGUGCUCCAAAGAGGCAGUUGGUCGGAUUUGAAAAGGUUCAUGUUAAUGCAGGAGGCAAAGAAAGAGUGGUGUUCAAUGUUGAUGUAUGCAAGGGCCUCAGUAUUGUGGAUAAGGCUGGCAAUAGCCAUCUACCACUCGGUUCGCAUCUUCUUCACAUAGGCAAUUCUCAACACUUCGUCUCUUUGCAAGUAGAAACUUAACUUCUCGCAAUGGGAGUCGUGCUACUCUCUAUCUCUCUCUUCAAUAAACCCAAAUUUGUCUUGCCGACAGCCUCUCCCCAGGCGUUAGUAUUAAU